AUGGCCCUGGAUGGGAGCAGCGGCUCGAUCCCGCGGUGUGAGCUCGCGGAAAGGCUCGCCUACCUCACUGGGCCAGGCUGGGCAAGACCGCCACCAGCCCUCACCGGUCAGCGGGCGGGAACCACCGGAGAGCCGGAAGGCCCGCGGAUCGGACCAGAGCAGCUGCGCUCGGGCCACGUGCGGCCCGCUCAGGCUGUGGCGCAGCCGCACUUCCGGGAGCAAUGCACCAUGGGACUUGUAGUUCGUCGGCUGCUCCAGCAGAGAUGUGACCGGGACGUGGAAGCCGCGCUGCAUGUUGGGAGCUGCCUCUCCCCCCGCUGCCGAGUGAGCUACGUCGCCUCUUACCUGCUGGCCGCGCUCGGGGGCAAUGCCUCCCCCAGCGCCAAGGACAUCAAAAGGAUCCUGGACAGCGUGGGCAUCGAGGCAGACGAUGACCGGCUCAACAAGGUCAUCAGUGAGCUGAACGGAAAGAACAUCGAGGACGUCAUUGCUCAGGGCAUCGGCAAGCUGGCCAGCGUGCCUGCUGGCGGGGCUGUGGCCGUCCCAGCUGCCCCAGGCUCUGCAGCUCCUGCUGCGGGUUCUGCCCCAGCCGUAGCAGAGGAAAAGAAGGAGGAGAAGAAGGAGGAGUCAGAGGAGUCAGACGAUGACAUGGGGUUUGGCUUGUUCGACUAGAGUCUCGCUCCCUGCAAAUAAAACUCUUUUUACGUAUUU